UUACUACGGAAAUAUUUAAUUCCUUGUUGCUAUGCGUUUAAUGAACUAGUCAAAUACUCACUCUUACAUAAGUUGCUUAAACAUGCCAGACCAAAAAGGUGAUUCAUUCGAAUAUGUUCGACUUACCAAGAACCUUUUACCAGAAGCUAUGGAAGUAAUACGCACAUCAUUUUGGCCAUCUGAAAAUAUGUCUGUUGCAAUGGGCUUAUCUAAGCAUCCAGAACUAUUUCCAUACAUGGAUCCUAUUGUUUUAGGUGCUGCCAAAGAUGGAGUUUCCAUUGUGGCUCUGGAUAAAGCCACUGGAAAAAUUGCAGGCGUAUUAAUAAAUAAAUUUGCAGGAGAGAAAGAUCACGCUUUAACUUAUGACAAGCAGCUUGAGUCAAGCCAAGGCCUAAUAAUUAAAAACUAUUUGGAAUAUUUGACAAAUCUGGAAGAAAAAAUGCUCGAGCAUUGCAAAGGGCAAACAUCUUUUGAAAUUUUCUUGUGUGGAGUUCGUCCAGAGUAUAGGAAACGUGGCAUAGGCACGAAAUUACACGAAGAAGCAGUGGAAUUGGCUAAAAAGCUCAAAAACGGGGAAGCUUCAAGGAUUCCAGUGGACGACGAUCCUUUGGAAAAUAUUGUUCCCGAAAUAAUCACGGAUAUCUGUACGACGAAAGUUACACAAAAAAUGUCUCAAGAUUUAAAUUUUACGAUUGGUUCAAGAGUGGAUUAUGAUAGUUUGAUUUUUCAGGGGGAGUCCUUGAGUGCAAAGGUUCCAAAUGGCACUAGAAGUAUAACUUUGAAUUAUUUCAAAUUAUAAUAAUUGUUGCCAAAUAAUUAUAGUAAAUAAAAAUAAUUCGAGAAUUUUGGUUAUUAUUCAAC